CGGGCAGGCGCGGAGGGCAGAAACGCUUCCUGCGGGGCCUGCCCUUGGCCGGCGGCGGCCGCGGCCCCAGCAGCGAGCGACUACCCUGCGGCCGAAAGUGGCACCUUUACGUGACGGACGCCUCCGCCUGGGUCGGGCUUGGGCUCCCGCUUGCGGGCUCCUGUGCUGCCUGGGGUCUUUCGUGCCGCCACUCCCUGGGGGCGGGGCUCCGUGUUAAGGGUAUAGUCCAGUGCCGCCCGGUUUUUAAAGGCCGGCCCAGCCCUUUUGUUAGUAGUCUUGUCUUCUCCAUCCUUUACCUUGGCUGUAGCACCUUUAGGUUAAGAAAGCAUCCGGAACAUUUAAAAUAAUUAUUUUAAUGUGCCUCGUGUUCUACCGGCAAACUGAGAUUCUAUUCUCAAUUUUUUGGGGUAACUCCAAUUCGUUUUUCCUCUGGUUGAAUUCAGUACUCAAUCAAUUGGUAAAAACUAAUUUUGUUCCAUUGCCUUCUUUUAAAUAAGCUGUGAUUGUAGAGCAGUGGUUUCCAGUUUUUUCUGUUACCAGCUUUUUCCUAUCAAUGUCAGAAAUCCUUUGUGUCUAAACAUUGCCUAAAUUUCUCUUACCCAGCCGGCCCCACAAUCUUUAUUCCCUAACUUGCAAAACCAGCAGCAACUUUCAGUGUCAUUUUGCUUAUUUCAGGACAAAAUUCCUUCAGCCAUACAGCCUAUCCACAGCCCUUGGCAGCCUACUCCAGAAAUACUCCUUUCAAAGAAAAAAGGCCCAUCAGGUGUUGGGGCACACUGGUGGUGAAAAUAAAAAGCAUGUGUGGGAAUUAUAUACGUCAGUGGUUCUUGGACUCGAGCAUGCCUCUGAAUCACCUGGAAGACUUGUUAAAACACAGAUUUCUGGGCUUCACUUCAGCUUCUGAUGCAAUCGGUCUGGAGUGAGGACUCAAGGACUUACAUUUCUAGGUGAUGCUGCUGCAGGUCCUGGGACCACAGUUUGAGAACUCUGAUGUACAUCAACUUGUGGAUGGAAAGAAAAAAUCCUGUUUGCUGUUUGGAAAAUGGACUGGAAAAGAGAAAGAAGUGGGAGUCCAUGUAGAAAACUGUUGGCAGAAGCCCAGAGCACCUUGUGAGAAUCAGGUACUGGUGGAAGAAGCUCAAGAGACUGUGAGGCCUGAGUGGUCAAAGUCGUCAUAGUUCCAGUUGAAAUCCAUGAAGACAGGAGGGGAUGGGCCAGGGGGAAAGAUGCGGGCCUGGAGUCUUUAUGAGAAAGUUGGCUUGAUCCAUGUGUGGUGUCCCAGCUCUAUGAAUGGCAAGUGGAUUUUACUUUCUCCAGGAGAAGAGUAUUUUCAAACCAGUGCCUGGGGCCAACCAGAACGCUGAGUGACCCAGGUGUCUGGGUGGAAACCUGAGCUGGGAGAAGGAAGACGCCCGUGGAAGCUUCUGCCUCAAGCAUUCUUGAGUGUCAAGCAUCUGAUGUCCAGGGUCCUUCCAUCCCUCUCCCUUGCCAACCCCUCUGCCAUCCAACAACUAGGCGGUAAUGCUCCACUGCGGGCCUCACACCGGCUCUGCUGCUAGAGCUGAAUUGGAAAUUACAGGGGAUAACAGUAUGGAAAAGAAAGCCCAGGACAGCAGGAAAGGUGCCCCCCACAGAGCAGUGCCCCCAGCUGUGGGGCUGCUCUUCUCCAUGGCCCUCAUGAACACACUCCUCUACUUCUGCCUUGAUUGGUUUUUCAUCUCCCGUCCACGCUCUGCUCCCAGCUCUGCUCACUGUCCCCACGGACACUUCAGAAUGGGACAGAUGAAAAACUGUUCACCGUGGCUGUCCUGCGAGGAGCUGAGGACCGAAGUGAGGCAGUUGAAGCGUGUUGGAGAAGGAGCUGUGAAGAGAGUCUUUCUGUCUGAGUGGAAGGAACGCAAAGUCGCGCUCUCACGGCUCACCAGUCUGGAGAUGAAAGAUGAUUUCCUGCAUGGGCUGCGGAUGCUGAAAACCCUGCAGAGUAAACAUGUUGUCACCUUGCUUGGAUACUGUGAGGAGGACAACACUAUUCUUACCGAAUAUCACCCCUUAGGUUCCUUGAGCAAUCUGGAAGAAACGCUCAACCUUUCCAAGUACCACGGUGUGAACACGUGGCAGCACAGGCUGCAGCUGGCCAUGAAUUACGUGGCCAUCAUCCACUACCUGCACCACAGCCCCCUGGGUACCCUGGUCAUGUGCGAUUCCAGUGACCUGCCCAAGACCUUGUCCCAGUAUCUGCUGACGAGCAACUUCAGCAUUGUGGUAAACGACCUGGAUGCCUUGCCCCUGGUGAACCACAGCUCAAGGACGUUUGUGAAGUGUGGCCACAGGGAGCUUCACGGGGACUUUGUGGCUCCAGAGCAGCUGUGGCCCUAUGGAGAAGACAUGCCUUUUGACGAUGAUCUCAUGCCGUCAUAUGAUGAGAAGAUUGACAUCUGGAAGAUUCCAGAUGUCUCUAGUUUCCUUUUGGGGCACGUUGAAGGAAGUGAUAUGGUCCGAUUUCAUUUGUUUGAUAUUCACAAGGCGUGUAAGAGCCAGACUCCUGCAGAAAGACCCACUGCUCGGGAAAUUCUAGACACUUAUGAGAAGGUUUUGAAUCUGCUCAGAGAAACUGUGAUGUCCCAGACAAGAGAAAUGCUAUGAAAACCAUUCAGUCAGUGAAGAAUGGGUUUCAAAGAAUAAAUGGAAUCAUUAUAGCAAUUCUUACUCUAAUGGUGAGUUUUUUGCUGUUCAGUGUGUGGUUCUUCCUCUGUAUCCACAUCCACAUGCAUGUGUGAGCGUUGCUUAUCCCCUGGUGGGACCUGGGCAGAUGCCUCACCUUCUCACACUGAUCACUCCUGCUGAACUUGAGAAGCAGUGGAUCUAGCCAUAUCUGAAGGAGGUAACAAAAAUGUCACCACAUAGGGGCUUCACCUGCCCUAAUUACUGAAUUUGUAAACUUGUAAGAAACAUAUAAAGAAAAGAUCCGUAAAUGGCAGGAUAUGAAAGAAAUGUACAGUGGUUUUCCAAAGAAGUUUUUUUCCUCAUUUUUUUAGAUAAUAGUCAACAUUACCAGGGUCAUGGGAGUAUUUGUGGCCUGUCAACAUCACAUGGUGUUGAUGAGGCCACCUUUACUGUUUUAAAUGAUUGUUUAAAUGUUUAAUGAAUGUGAAGCUCUUGUGCCAUCCUCUUUCCAAAAAUCUAAAGGAGAACUAUGAUAGGUUGCUCUUUGAAAUUUUGAAUGGACAAGGAAUAUUUAGAACAGCAAGUAUGAGGGAAAUUGUAUUUAUGUUACUGCCUUGGAUGGUGUUUGUGAAAUUCCUAUUUACCUUCCAGCUAGGUUUUCUGUGUCCAAAAUAAAUUAUUGUGAACAGUUUA